AUGGAACCCCGCCAUGACCGUGAUCAAGCCAAGACGCCAACACAUCGACAAAGCUUGCCAUUGACUGCUGGUCGACGUGCAACCAUUCUGUUCCGUACCUUGGACCAUUCACAACCACCCGUCGCCAAUCCGAACAAUCCACCUGAAGUCAACACCCAACUACAACGCGAGUAUGAAAAUAUCUGCAAGCUGAACGAAGCAAUGGAAGCCGUCAUUGACAACUUCAACCAGACACGAGAGAGCAUUCAGAAUUUCUCCCAAACCGUGGAUCGAACAGAACAGCUAUUAGACUUGUGGGCAUCGAUCUUAUCACAAUCAGAGCAUACGAGACUCCUGUUAGAAAAUGAACGAUGGCAAGGAACAAGCACACCACCACUUGCACCAAGAUUACAACCAUCUUCUUCACCAGCAUCAUCAUCAUCAACAUCAUCAAACCAACCACAACAGCCUCAGCAUCGAUAUUCAACGAUACGAAAGCAGCAUGAAUCAUCGCGAUCCAGUCUACCACGCUCCUCCACCACUACUCGUAUUCCUAUUAGACGCACAACAAAACGAUAG